AUGGGGUUAGUAAAUGGACUUAGAGAGGGCCCCUUCUCUCAGUCCAUAUCAAAAAGGCACCCCACCUCUUUGAGUGAUGUACAAGAGAGAGCAGAAAAGUACAUCAACAUGGAAGAAAAUGCCAGACUACGGGAGCCCAACUGGCGACAUGGGCCUGCUCACUCAGCAAAAGAGAGAGAAAGGGAGCCCAAGAAAAAAGAUGAGGUCGGUCCCGACAGGCCGAGGAGAUAUCACUCCUAUACUCCUCUAAAAGUCUCCCUAGUGGACGUAUACAGAGAAAUCUGUAAUACUGAAAGGUUGCCGCCUCCUAGACCCAUCAAAAACAAAAAGGGAGGAAGUCGCGGCGACUACUGUGAGUACCAUAAGAUGUAUGGCCACUCAACAAAUGAUUGCUACAACCUUAAAAAUGUGAUAGAAAGGUUGGCCAGGGAAGGCCGACUUGAUAGAUAUCUCAUGGAAAGGUCGGACAAUCCUGGAAAAAGAAAGCGAGAUGAUGAAGACAGAAGAGACCCACCACCACAAACCUCCGAGAGACACAUACAUAUGAUCUCUGGAGGAUUCGCAGGAGGGGGACUCACUAAUUCAUCUCGCAAAAGACACCUGAAGCGAGUUUAUCAAGUCGAAAACGAAUCUCCCGAUCUCCUAACCAUCUCGUUCACCAAAGAGGACGGGCAGGGGAUCAUGCCCGGGCAUGACGACCUGGUGGUGAUAACCAUGAUCUUGGCAAAUGCCAACCUCCACAGGACCUUGGUGGACCAAGGGAGUUCGGCUGAUAUACUCUUUAAGCCCGCAUUCGACAAGUUAGGGUUGGAUGAAAGAGAGCUAAAAGCUUACCCGGACACUCUGUAUGGGUUAGGAGACAUGCCAAUUAAGCCACUAGGAUACAUCCCCCUCCGCACGACCUUCAGAAAGGGGGAAAAUUCCAAAACUCUUAGCAUCGACUUUAUCGUCAUCGAUGUCGGGUCGGCAUAUAACGCCCUAAUCGGCUGGACUAUGUUAAAUCAGCUCGAAGCGGUGGUGUCAACCCCUCACCUUUGCCUGAAAUUCCCAACACCUAGGGGAAUAGCGACUGUAUGA